UGACACAGUGUGGAGAACACUCUGCUAUCUGGGCUUGUCUUGGGUGGAAGCGUCUCUGGCAGCAUCAGAAGGCAACUGCUGCGGUUUCUAUAGUUUCCAUGGUUUCCUGUCAUCUACCAUAACUUACGUGAUAUGUGGAUGUAAAGAAAGACAUUAUGAGUGAGAGCAGCAGGAAAGGAAGUUUCUCAGAAGGCCUGGUCCUGGAUGACUCUGAGAAAGGAGGAGUUGUCAUAAAAGGAAUCACAGAUGAUGAAGUUACUGCAAGGAGUGGCCUGAAAGAGGGAGAUGAAAUUGUUGCAGCUACAGUACACCUUGACCACCUCAGCAAAGAUGAUGUGCUGAAGAUCCUGAAGGUCCUCGAGCCAUAUGAUGACAACAUGAAGGUUGUCACAAAGCAAGAGUUGAAAGCUGGUCUUGACCCUGUAAAGAUGCUCAGUGGUUGUUUAGACCAAAAGAAGCAGCUGCCAGUGGAUGCAUCAGCUGAAUCACCAGUUAUUGCGCUUGAUGGACUAAAUGGAAAGCUAAAUGCUGCUGGGGGGUUGGGGGGUGAAAUAAGUGUUCCCAGUGUCAAUGGAGACCUGCCCAGCCUUACUCUCAACACACCUUCAGCCGAUAGCGAUGCUAAGUUGACACUGCCCACUAUAGGCAUAGCUGGACCAAAUGUAAAGGGAGCAGAUCUGGAUGGCACUAUCAGAGCACCUGAUGUCAGUGUUUCAUCCCCACAGCUCAGCACUCCUGAUACCUCACUUGAGAUUGAGAAACCAGAUGUCAAGACAGGCAACUUGAAAUACAAACCCCCAAAAUUCAAGAUGCCACAUUUCAAUCUACCUCAGGUGAAUGGCAAAACACCAAAAGGAGAAAUGGAUGUUUCAGCCAGUUUAGAUGCACCUGAUUUUAGUGGAAAUGUGAAGACACCAGACUUGAAUCUCUCAGCCCCUAGAGUAGACAUUGGAACUGCAGAUUUGGAUCUGAAUGGGCCAAAUGUGGAUCUGAACGGGCCAGAUGUGGAUCUAAAUGGGCCAGAUGUGGAUUUGAAAGGUCCUGGUGUGGAUUUAAAAUCCCCAAAUACUGAUAUAGAGGUUUCCUCAGGAAAAAUCAAGUGGCCACAUCUCAAACUGAAAGGUCCUAAGGUUAAAGGACUGGAUGAGGAUAUAAGUGGGGACCUGUCUGUACCUGAUGCAAAACUCUCUACACCAAACAUAGAUGGGAACCUAAGUACAGAUGUGGACCUUAAUCUCCCCAAAGUUGACCAUGAAAUCCCUGAUGUAAAUGGUCAAACCCCAGAUUUAGACAUUGAUGCACGAUCAUGGAAAAUCAACUGGCCUCAUCGGAAAUGGAAGAAGCCCAGGCUUCACAGCCCAAAAGCUGAUAUGGAUGCAAACCUAAAAACACCAGAUUUCAAUCUCUCAGCUGCAAAACCUGCAGGGGAUAUAAAGGCACCGGAUGCUGAACUGAAUUUGACAAAUGUUGCCCCUGAACUCCCCAAUAUAGAUGUUCACAGCCCAGAUGCUGAUAUUGACAUUGAUGCUCCAUCAAAGAAAAUCAACUGGCCUCAUCUGAAUUGGAAGAAACCCAAACUUCACAGCCCAAAGGCUGAUAUUGGCAUUGAUGCAGACCUGAAUACACCAGAUGCUAAUCUCUCUGCUCCAAAGAUUGACGGUGACAUCAGUGCAGAUGUCAAUACACCUGACCUUAGCCUCUCUCCUGCUGAAGUUGGAGCAUCACUUGCUGGACCUGAUGUGGAUCUCAACUUGCCUGGCGCACAUAUUGACCACCCUGAACUUGAUGUGAACAGUCCAAAUGCAGACAUUGAGGUUCCAUCUGGGAAGAUCAAAUGGCCCACUCUUAAAAAGCCAAGGUGGACAAUAUCAGGUCCUAAGGUAAAAGGACCUGAUGUUGAUGUAGAUGCUAUUUCAGCACCUGACUUGAGUCUGUCUGCACCAAAAACUGAUCUGGAAGGCCCAAAAGUAGACAUUGAUGAUCCAAAUAUUGAUACUGAAGCUCUGUCUGGGAAACGGAAAAAGUUCACCCUAAAGAUGCCCAAAUUUGGGACAUUGAAAGGACCAAAGGUUGAUGUUGAUGAACCAAAAAUUGACAGUGGCAUUGAUACUCCACAGAUUGAUUUGCCUACAGUUGAUGUCCAAGAUCCAGAAAUUGACCUUAAUCCUCCAGAUGUUAGCCUUGAUCCCCACUCUGGAAAACUGAAGUUGCCCAAAUUAAAACUACCAAAAAUUAGAGGGCCAAAAAUAAAAGGUCCUGAUGUGGAAGCUGAUUUAAAGACACCCGAUAUUGAUGCCAGUGUUGAUUUACCAAAAGUAGAUAUGGAUGCACCUAACCUAGACUUGGAAGGGCAAAAUCUUGCCCUAUCUGCACCAAAAAUUGAAGGACAGCUUGAUGUUCCAAAGGCCAAUCUCACAGGCCCUGAUGUAGACCUUCAAUCUCCAGAAGUUGAUGUUCCAUCUGGAAAAUUUAAGCUCCCUAAAAUGAAAUUUCCAAAAUUUGGUUCAACAGGCCUAAAGGUGAAAGGUCCUGAUCUUGAUGUUGAUUCACAAGGUCUGGAUGCCUCUGUUCCUGAUGUAGAUGUAAAGCUGCCUAAAGCAGAUCUAACAGCACCUGAAGCUAAUCUAGAAGCACCAGACUUGAAUCUCACAGCCCCCCAAAUCACAGGUCCUGAAGCAGGCCUGGAUGUUGAUGCUCCCACUGGAAAAUUUGAUUUUCCAUCUCUUAAACUGCCUAAAUGGAACUUUAAUGGAUCCAAAGUGAAAGACCUUGAUGCUGAUCUUAAGACAGAUGUUGACCUUUCAGUUCCCAACACUGAUAUCAUCCAGGGCUCUGAUCUUGAGCUGAAAGCCCCAGGCCUCAAUCUUUCUGCCCCAAAGACAGAGGGAGACAUAUCUAUGCCAGAUCUAGACAUGAAUUUGCCCACCGCUGAAGUCAAGCAACCUGAUGUGAAUCUUGAAGCACCUGAUGUAAGUACAGGUAAGUCAGGAAGGAUCAAACUACCUACAAUUAAACUGCCAAGGUUUGGUUCAUCAAAACCCAAAGUAGAGGGUCCUGAUCUAGAUAUCAGUGGUGACCUAAAUACCCCUGAUGCCGAGUUGAAAAUGCCUGAGCUGAAUCUUGCAACACCAAAAGUAGAGGCAGAUAUAUCUCCCCCAGCUGUAGAUAACAGUUUAAUGAAAGCUCCUGGAUUGCACACCCCAAAUAUAGACCUUUCAGUUCCUGAUGGUCUCAAGGGCCCUGAUCUUGAUCUGAAAGGCCCAGGCCUCAAUCUUUCUGCCCCAAAGACAGAGGGAGAUAUAUCUGCUCCAGAUCUGGAAAUGACUUUGCCCAAACCUGAUGCCAAGGUACCUGAUGUGAAUCUUCAAGCACCUGACGUAAAUACAGGCAAGUCAGGAAAAAUCAAGUUUCCUUCAUUUAAACUGCCAAAGUUUGGUCCACCAAAACCCAAAGUGGAGGGUCCUGAUGUAGAUGUCAGUGCUGACCUAAAUGCCCCUGAUGCUGAGUUGAAAAUGCCUGAGUUGAGUCUUGCAGCACCAGAUAUAUCUGGUGGCCUGAAGGGCCCUGAUCUUGAUCUGAAAGCUCCAGACCUCAACCUUUCUUCACCAAAAACUGAAGGAGACCUCUCAGCGCUAAGCUUAAAUGGGAAGUUGCCAGCAGCUAAAUUAGAAGCACCUGAUAUCUCUGCACCUCAGGUGGAUGUCAAUGUGCCAAAAACAGAUGUCAAAGGAUCUGACAUACAGUUAAAAACUCCAGAUGUAGAUACUAAUGCCUCCCUGGGUGAGUUCAAAAUGCCUCAUUAUAGGCUUCCAAAACUCUGCCUUUCAACUCCUAAAGUAGAAGGUCCUAGUAUUGAUACUGAUACACAAGACUUGAGUCUUCAUCCUUCAGUUGAGAGUGAGAUAUUGGUACCUAAGGUAAACACUGAUGCCCCCAUAGCAGAUGACAAAACUUCUGUACCUCAGGUGGACUUAAAAGUUCCUGACCUUAACGCAUCUGCACCAAAGUUGGAGGGAGAUGCUGACAUCAAUGUAAGUGUACCUCAUGGAGAUUUUAAAGGACCUGAAGUAGAUGUCAAGGCUCCCAAUGUUGAUAUUGACACAGAAACAUCAAAACUGCCACAUUUCAAACUGCCAAAGUUGGGCCUUUCAGAGCCUGGAAUAAAAUCCUCAGAGGUUCAGGCCAAUGCAGAUGUGAGUGUGUCACCUGAUGUAAAGAUCAAGGACCCCACUGUUGCAGGAGAGGUCAGCUCUGUCCCUGAUAAGAGUCUUAACAAGCCUCAACUGGCCUCAGCUGAGGGAGAGGCUGAAGUUAAGGAUUCUCCAAAAAGUAAGCUGAGAUGGCCCUUCAAAUGGGGGGUGAAAUCCAGUUCAAACGAUGAAGAAGAAAGUGAGGCUGACUCUGAAACUGACCUGUCUAAUGCUGACGUGGAGGUUCCUAUAUUCAAAUUCCACAAACUACCCAGGCACAACAUUGAUAAUGUUGGAUUCAGUGAUAGUUUUGGUAUACUAAAAACUGAAGAAAGCAAUAAGGAUUAUGUAAUUAGCAAGGGAAUCCGUUUGCCAAUAGUAAAUGCAACAUCAAAUACAGGGGAGAAGAUUGAUAUUAUGGAGAGACUGAAAAUAGCCAAGGAAAAAGCAACUGAAGUCAAAGAUGAUGCUGGGGAUCUUGCUGGCGCAAGUCCUGAUGACCCCACUUUGGCAAGAGGAGGAACCUUCAAAGUUGGAAAGCCUGAGUCUGGACUAGGCCUGGAACACCCAGUGGUUGUUUCAUCAGAGGAAAAUGAUAAGCUGUCACUAAGCCUCUCCAAUAUGCUUGGUCUAAAUAUCAAGGACCAAGACACCGAUUAAUACCUGCUUUGUGAACCAAUUAAAUGAAACAUCAUUG